AUGGCCAGUAAUGACCCCAAGCCGGACACCGCUAAUAACAAGCCGGAAAAUGCUUCAGAUGAUGCUCGCGCUGAUGUUACGGCGGCUGUUGAAGAGCUUCUAAACUCUCUCUCCAACAAGUUUGCGGGCGUCUCCUCAGAAAUCUUUGCAAAGAUGGACGAGAUGUCUCGAAGAUUGGAUAACCUUGAGGCAGCUCUUCAAGAGAGCAACAAGCCAAAAGAUGGAAGUUCAAGCAAACCUUGA